AAAGAAUAAAUUUUUGACAAGGCGGGAGGAGAAGAAAAAAGAAAAAGAAGAAAUGGCAUCAGACGAAGAUCUGAAGGAUGAAUUUUCAAUUUUUGGUGUAGAGCUUGAAAAUCAAGAUGUUAUAGAUAAAUUAAAGGAGUUGUGUGUGUUGUACCGACUGGAUGCAUCAAAAAUCAGUACAGAAUGGAUAGCUUUCUACAAUACAAAGACGACCAAGGGAAACCUGACUCUCAGCUGCGAGGUGUUAGAUCUGUUUGACAGAGAGAGACUCAACAAAAAGACUCCCCGGACACCACAAGUCAAGAAAAAGUCUGGCCCAACAGUGUAUGAUGUCAACACGGUUCAGAAUGGUAUUGAUGAGAAUGAGGCUGUUGAACUUUACAAUGCUUACUCUGGAAAUUCUACACCAUCCAACACCAAAAAGGUGGCCGUUUCACAAAAACGACAGUUGACUCCAGAUAACCCACCAAUGAAACGAUUCACCAACAGUGUCCGUAGUCCAAUGGUUCCCUUCUCUCCAGCCAGCUUCUCUCCGGGGAUAACUCCCUCGAAGAAGUUCAGCUCUAGGUCGAAUGCUGGUGAAAGCGUUGCUGCACUUGGGGUCAAUGACAACACUGACUGGAAGGGUCAAGGUCAUGAUGUGCAUAUAGCUUAUUACGAUCCCAGAAAUGCUAUGGAACCACACUUUAAAUACAUGUUUCAAAAGUUAACUGAAAAAGCAAAUGUUCUGAAUGACAUGAUUGAGGACCUAGCGAAACAGCUCCGAGACCAUUAUAAGAUAGAGGAUCUGUCCCACGUAGCUCUACCAGUCCAGGAGACUGUCACUGUUGUGGGGCGUAUUGGCUGUGAUAGUAUUGGCAAGCUGAAUGCCAAGUCUGUGAUACUUGAGGGCUCCCAGGAGACAUCUGCAGGCAGGUGUAUCCCAGUUGAUCUGACUGAGCUCCAGGAAUUUUCACUUUUCCCAGGGCAGAUUGUUGCAAUGGAGGGUAUCAACAAUACUGGACAGAAGUUUAUUGCUAAGAAAUUACAUCAGGGUGUUAGCCUUCCUCUACCAGAUGUAGCUGUAAAGUCUGAAGCAGGAAAGCUGAGUGUAAUUGUGGCCACUGGGCCCUUCACAACCUCUGAUAAUUUGGCAUAUGAACCUCUGGCAGACCUCUGUAAAUACCUGAACAGGGACUGCCCAGAUAUCUGUAUAUUGCUUGGUCCAUUUGUUGAUGUAAAGAACGAUCAAGUUGAGAAAGGAAAUUGCACAACCUCAUUUGAUGACCUUUUCUGGAUGCAAAUGAAAAGUCUCAGUGACAUUGCAGACAACUGUGGCUGCAAGUUUAUAAUUGCACCAUCCUACAGAGAUGUUCACCAUGACUAUGUGUAUCCCCAGCCUCCAUUUGAUCCGAAGAACCUCAAGCAAAAUUUAUCCAAGAACCUGCAUUUCAUGCCAGAUCCAUGUACUGUGUGUGUUGACAAUGUUGUAUUUGGCAUCACCUCCACAGACAUCCUUAUGCAGCUUGGAGCUGAGGAAAUCUCCUGCAAUAUUCCUGGAUCUACAGAUCGCCUAGGACGACUAACACAACAUCUUCUUACCCAGAGGAACUACUAUCCACUCUGUCCACCAGCUGAUGAAGUAAACAUUGACUACAAAUACUUUGAAGACAAAGGAAGGAUCCCCGUCACUCCACACAUACUCAUUGUACCAUCUGAUCUGAAACAGUUUGUGAAAGAUAUUCAAGGAUGUUGUUGUAUAAACCCAGGGCGACUCUCGAAGGGACAAAACGGGGGUACCUACUGCCGGCUCGUAAUACAAACAGAUCAACUGUCACAGAGUACUAACUCCUCAGUCAUACCUCACCUGUCAGCACAGGUCCUCCGAGUCUAAUACUACUGACCUGGUGUCACAGUACAAACUCUGACGAGUCUGAAACAAAAUACUGACCAGGUGUCGCACUACAAACUCCGACGAGUCUUACACAGACCCAGUGUUACAGAACAAACUCCUCUUCAGUCAUGAAUACCUCACCUGUCAGCACAGGUCCUCCGAGUCUAAUACUGACCAGGUGUCACAGUACAAACUCCGACAAGUCUGAAACAGACCCUGUGUUACACAACAAACUCCUCUUCAGUAAGAGCUCACCUGUCAACACAGGUCAUUCGAGUCUAAUACUGACCAGGCGUCGCAGUACAAACUGCUCCGUAUCUGAUACAGACCCAGUGUUACAAUACAAACUCCUUAGUCACCCCUCGCCUAUAGACACAGGUGUUCAUUUGUCUCCAAGAGUCUAAUAUACACAGACGAAUUGUUUCGAAAACGAAUACCGCACUAAGACAGAUGCCAUCUUUGUAACAAAUAACACUCUUGUGACAUGUGUUGUGUAUUGUACUAUUUGGUGAAAUGUGUUGUGUAUUGUACUAUUUGGUGAAAGGUCUUCUUCUUUUGUAUUGUUUCCAAAUUAUGGGGUUGAGGGGUUCGGACUCAACUGAUAUAAAGAUGUUUUAACCAAUUAAUGUAUAUUUUAUGUACAUUUUAUAAGAUGUUAAUGAUGAGUCUGAUAUUAGGGGUUGUAUUACAGUUCAACAUAUGUUAUGUAAUGUUUAUGUAAUUGAAUGUUUAAAGUUGAAAUAAUAUCAAUAAAUGACAUGAAUUUUA